AAAAUCAGCACGGUAAUCAUUUGAGACAGAUCGUGGUACACUGUUCGUAAUCAUUAAUUAUUGUAUUCACAAUCGAGCAGACUGUUCGUGCGUCAAUAGCAUUUAACAAAUAAUCGAGUACUGAUAACGUCGUAACCCCUCUUAUCGGCGUAUCCCGGAACGUCUGCGAACUACCAGCAAUGCGGAUCUAUUAGUCCAUGAUACGUACCGAAGGAGGUUGUAUUCAGUGCAAUAACUAUGAACUAUAUAAACAAGAUACGCCUUGAAAACAUUCAUUUCACACUCAGACGAGUUAUUAGUUGUACGGCUUAACGAUACAUAAGAAUUAAAUUUCAUUACUGAUAAAGUACAGUGACACAGGCACGUAGGUCGAAUUUCGGGUUCAUACAACAUUGUUUCGGCAAAACACUCGUCGGAUUGACGUUUCAACAUGCUUAACAAAACAAGCGCGACUUUGAUGUUGCAGACCAUUAUGGUGUUGAUGGAAAAACAAAAUUCGACCGGUGUCACCAACUUUCCUAGCACAUUCUAUGAGGAUGCAGAGUUGGAGCGAUGCUACAACCCUUAUGGUUGUUUCUCGAAGGGCUACCCAUGGACGGAACACCGCCCUGACAACUAUUUCCCCGUGUCUCCUGAGUCGCUGGGUGUUCGGUAUGCCGUGUUCACCAGACGGAAUCGUAAGAUACCAGUGUUAUUACAAGCGAAAGACACGGCUAAAAUACGAAAUGCUAAUCUGGAUUCAAGGGGGCCAUUUUAUUUCAUUUCUCAUGGAUUUUUGGAAGGCGGACAUAAACACUGGAUUCAAAAUAUGGCGGAUGCACUUUUAAAUUUACAAGGAAAUAACGCAGCAACAGUAGUUGUAGUCGAUUGGCGUAGAGGUUCGCAGCCACCGUACGGCCAAGCGGUGGCCAACAUCAGACUUGUUGGUGCCAUGACCGCUUUUCUCAUACAUAACAUAUACGACGUACUACGAUUAUCAGAUUUGGAUAAUUUUCACUUUAUUGGCCACUCAUUGGGAGCACACUUGGGGGGCUAUUGCGGGCAUACAUUACAAAAGAAAUUUAGUCUUAAAUUGGGAAGGAUAACGGGCUUAGAUCCUGCUGCGCCAUACUUUAGUAAUACCGUGACUUUAGUGCGCUUAGACAGAUCAGAUGCUAGCUACGUUGAUAUCAUUCACAGUAAUGCCAUGCCCUUGUACUUCUCAGGUUUCGGUAUAUCGGAACCGAUCGGUCACGUGGACUUCUACCCGAAUGGCGGUUCGAUCCAACCGGGCUGCAAGAACGACGCGCCGACCUACCAGGACAUGGACAACGACAUGUACAAACAAGUCGUCAGAUACGUGAGCUGCAACCACGAGAGAAGUUACGAGCUGUUCACUGAGAGUGUGGCGCCAUCUUGCCCUUUCAUGGCUAUCCAAUGUAAAUCAUAUGAGGCAUUCUUAGAAGGAAAUUGUACAACGUGUGACCACAAGCAUUUAUGCGUGCCGAUUGGUUUACAUUCCCAAAGUUCGUAUAAACAGCUCCAAAACGGAGGACUCGUGGAUUCGAACAACAAUAUUGCCUUGUAUUCAUUAACUGGAAGUGUAAAACCAUUUUGCAGGGUACAUUACGAGGUCACAUUGAAAGUGUCCAAUUCGACUGAAAGCAGGAUCCACGGUCCAGAUGUCGGAAGAGUUUCCAUUACACUCGUUGAUAGGAAUAAUAAUAAAAGUGAUCACAAGUUUCUGAAUGAUGAACAAAAGUACUACAAGCCCGGAGAUUUAGAUAAAAAAUUGAUACCAUUCAAGGACACUGGACACCCGCCACUAUCAGUUAUUGUUGAAUGGAAAUAUGAAACAAACCUCCUUAACCCAAUGACCUGGAGAUUACUUAAAUCAUCUAGCAUUUAUAUUGAGUACAUAAAAUUUACAUCUAUCGAAUAUAACACUAUUAUCACUGUAUGCCCGAAACUCAAGAAACCCGUAGUUACGAAUCUACCAACAGUUAUGAAAACCAAGUAUUGCGUUUUUGCAAAAUAAUUUUCCAGACAUUUUGAUUGAAACAUAUUUUCUAGCGGCAGAAUAAAACGUGUUAGCUAUAAUGAAAUAAAGACGUCUACUUUAACGCAAUAGCGAAAAUUAAAAGUAUUGUAAUAGUAUUUUUAUUAAUUAAGAUUUAUUUUUGUUAUAGAACCUUUAUUCAAUGAAUUACAAAUUAAAAUAUGAAAUGUACAUAAUUAGAAAUAUUUAAUAUUUAAUAUAAAUUAUUGUAAGUAUGUAGUUCCAUCAAUAAAAUUACUGAAAAUAA